GUGUGUGUGUGUGUGUGUGUGUGUGUGUGAGAGAAUGACAUGCCAGUGAAGUGUUUCCAAUCCUUAAGAUUGGAAAUGCGCCUUAACAAUGCUGACAAUUUAACACCAUUAUAGCCUUGGAUCUACAAAAGACUAAUGAUGAAGCACAAUAACACUCUUUCAGUGCCAAUGUGCACCAUUGACAUCAUAUCUUCUCUGGGGAUACAUUUGGCCUGAAAAAAAACGUAUAUUAAACCUUUACUGUGAUAAUACUACAGUAGUCUAAUGAGUGUAAAACUGAGCGUCUGAUGGUUAGACUUAUUUUUUGUUUAGGUCUCAACAAGAAUUUGAGAAAGCAAAAUGACUUAUUAGUAUUACUGAUUAGUGAAGUACAUUAAAGUCAUGUGAAUUGUCUCGUUUCCUGUUUAAUUUGUGCCGCGUGUACCUGGUGGACCUUAACCGGGGCGGUGCUGCCCUUUGGGCCGGGUUGUUGAUUGACAAAACGAGCUCGACAGUUAGACAUCCAACAGGGUUUCCCUCGGCGGGGCGAGACGGAGUGAGCAGCACGCAGAGGAACAGAGCGGCAGAAGAUGGAGGCACUGGGGAGGUGGAGGGCGGACUGGAGGUAUCCCACCGCUCUGCUGUGCGUUUACGGAUUCUUCAGCACAGUUAAACCCCUGGAGCCUUUCCUUACCCUAUAUUUGACAGGACCAGACAAGAAUCUGACAACAGAGCAGGUCAACAACCAGAUCUUCCCGGUGUGGACGUACUCUUACCUCUGCGUGCUGGUGCCGGUGUUCCUGCUGACCGACUGGCUGCGUUACAAGCCCGUGGUGGUGUUCCAGGGCGCCACCCUCUUCAUCACCACAGCGACGCUCCUGUGGCUGAAGAGCGUGGCGGCCAUGCAGGCCAUGCAGUUCUUCUACGGGGUGGUGAUGGCCAGCGAGGUGGCCUACUUCUCCUACAUCUACAGUGUGGUGGAUUUAGAGAGGUAUCGGAAGGCCACCUCCUACAGCCGCAGUGUCCAGCUGCUGGGGUACACAGUGGGCUCGGUGCUGGGCCAGCUGCUGGUCAGCUUGGACCUCAUGUCCUUCAACAACAUCCUGGUGCUCACUCUGGCUCUCACGGCCGUGGCUCUUCUCGCGUCCUGCCUCCUGCCGAUGCCGCGCCGGAGCAUGUUCUUUCACCGCGGGAAGAACACGGCAAAGGCGGGAACAGAGGGCCGCGACGGUGGGACCGGAGGCAUGAGGCCGGGACUGGAGGAGCACGGGCCGGCGGCGGAGGACCUCGAGGAGCCAGGUGGCGAAAGGAGAGGCAGCCGAGUGCUCCUUCAGCUGUGGAGGGACUUCCGCCAGUGCUACUCCUCCAGACGGCUGCUCUACUGGUCAGUGUGGUGGGCGAUGGCCACAUGCGGCUACAACCAGACGACCAACUACGUCCAGGUGCUGUGGGAGCACGUGCAUCCGUCUCAGAACUUCAGCGUCUACAAUGGAGGCGUGGAGGCAGUGUCCAACCUGUUGGGUGCAGCAACAGCUUACGGUAUUGGCUUCACCGAGGUGAGAUGGGAGCAGUGGGGGGAGCUGGCCCUGGGGGGCUUCUCUGGACUCGGGGCAGGAGCACUCUUCCUCAUGACCUUCACGGGAAACAUCUGGGUCUGCUACACUGGUUAUGUCGUUUUCAAGUGCCUGCACAUGCUUUUGAUAACAAUAGCCAUGUACCAGAUAGCGGCUGACCUGUCCAUGGAGCGAUACGCCCUGGUCUUUGGCGCCAACAACUUCGGCGCGUUGGCUCUUCAGACGCUCAUCACGUCCGUGGUGGUGGACAGCGGAGGACUGGGCCUGGGCAUCAUUCCUCAGUUCACCGUAUACGCCAGCUACUUCUCCGUCAUAGCGGUUGUCUUUUCACUUCGCGGAUUGUUUACGAUUUGGAGAAGCAACAAGUCCCACGAGUCCACCUCUCCAGUCAAAGAAGAACCUCCAGACUCUGAGGAACACCGGUUCUGAAUACGAGGACUACCAGCUGAGAUCAUCACUUGUGUUUUUGUUUCCAAAUUAAAAAGCUUCAAAAUUACUGACUGCCACACUAUGAAUAUAAAUCUUUUUUUUUAAUAUAUACAAAACAAAUAUACAAUAUUCUCCAUACAUCAAUAUAAA